CUAUAAGUGACAUUAUUAACAGCAUUCAGAAUAGGUUUGGUCACAGCGUAGGAUUUCACAGUUUGGCAACCCUGAAUGCUCAGUAAAAGAGCAACAAAUGAUGGAUAAGUCAAUUCAUAAAAUAUCCAGUGGAAAACCUGAAAUUCCACAGAAACCCAUCCUCCCACCAAAACCAAACCUUAAAACUUUACACAAGACAAGCCUAUUUGCUUCUUCUAGCAGAGUGGCUCAGGCUUUGCAUAACUUUGAACCAGGAAUGGACAAUCAAAUGGCAUUAAACUACACGAGGAAAGACAGAAGAUAUUCUAAAGAUAUAAGCCAAGAUGAAAAGCAUUUGGGAGUUGAAGCUAGAGUGCCAUGUCCUACUUCAACAGAUGACAUGGCAUUGGAUUUAUCCUCAGUUACGAAAAGUGAACUUAGAGAAUUAGAGGAAAAACUGAUGGCAGAUGAAAUAAAUCAUCAACUGGCAGUGGAUGCAGGUCGUUCAGCUCCUGAUGGCAGUGAAGUGAAUAACUCUGUAAGUGGUAACUCAGAAAAAUAUCAAGACUCAACAGCACCACCUACUAUGUCAGAAGAGAAACACUGCCAUUGCGUUUGCCACCUUCAAAGGCCUGGUAUGAAACUGGUCUGGGUACCUCUACAGGAAGAGAACAAUUACCUGGAUACAGUUAGUGAAAAGAGUAAUAGACAUCAAAACAGUGGAAGACAGAAAACUGAACUUCAAAAAAAGGAGGGUGUUUUACAUCUAACCAAUAAUGAAGUUGGAAAGCUGGAGAAUGAAACCUCUCACCAUUCAAAACCCCAAGCAUUACCGCCAUGCAUAAAUUGCCAAAGCUUUCUAUAUCACCACAGCCCUCAAAAAUUUGCAUCAAAGAGAUUUUUAUAUGCUGAUGAGCCAGUUCAAAACCACACAAAACCCCCUCUACCUCCAAGGACUUAUCAGUCCUCCAAGUAUCAAAAUAUCAAACAAUAUGCACAGCUUCAGCACACCGACGCCAAUGUAUACUUAGAUAUUUUGCCAUCAAAAGACAAUAUACUUACCACACCAGCUGUGCCCCCUCGACCUCUUCCUCGGCCUCCUCUGCACCCCACAAGCAAACAAAAAACAGAAAAAUGGUCUUCUCAGCCAUCACUGGCCUGUGUGAUCUCUCUUAGAGGAGGCUAUCUACCAAUUAGAAACAUCAGCCCCUGUAAGACCAGAAGAUUGCCGAGUUCAACAGCUGAGAGUUAUGAAAAUGCAGAAGGUUGGGAGUCCGUAGACAAAGAAGAGCUGUCUGACAAUACAGGAAGCCCACGGAGGAUCUCCAGUGACUGGGAGCCAAACAGUGACUAUGAACCUCUAUAUCAAAUCUACCAGGCUAAGCUCUCGAAAGAAGCCAGUCAGAUCCAAACUGAUAGUCCUGAUUGCAACAGGAGAAGUGUUAGUGAAACCCUGGGCCUUGGAGGUCCUGGAAGCCUGGCAGUGGUUGGCACCCAAUCAAAAAGAGGUCCUGAAGAAAUUACACUCUGGCAGGACUUACCAGUGGUGAAGGAAAGUGGAAUGUUGCACAAGCUCACUCGCACUGAAAAACAGAGACAAGAAAGCAUGUUUGAAGUGCUCACCUCUGAAGCCUCCUACCUGCGCUCCCUGCGGGUUCUAAAGGAUCAUUUCCUAGGGUCACGGGAACUCAAUGAAACUCUGGUCAUUCAUGAUAGGAAAGUCCUGUUCUCCAACCUCCUGCAGGUCUAUGAAGUUAGCGAGAGGUUUAUAAGGGAUCUUCUGAAGAGAGUGGAUGAGAGUGUGGUGAUAUCUGAUGUGUCUGACAUAAUCUAUGAACACUCAGAAAAUCAUUUCUCAGUCUACAUUGAUUAUGUCCGAAAUCAGCAGUACCAAGAGAAGACCUACAGCACAUUGAUGGAGAGUAAUACAGAUUUUGCAGUUGUGAUGAGACGCCUGGAAUUAUCUUCACUCUGUAAACGUUUGCCUUUCACAUCCUUCAUGCUUUUGCCCUUCCAGCGAAUCACACGCAUCAAAAUCCUCAUACAGAGUAUCCAAAAGCGGACUGCAAAAGGCACGAAAGAGGAGGAGACAGCUUCCAAGGCCCUGACCUCAGUGUCUAAGCUUAUCACACAGGCAAACCAGCAGGUGGGACAGAUGAAACAGAUGGAGGAGCUGAUAAACACCUCAAACAAACUGGAGUUUGACAAAGUUAAGGUCAUUCCAAUUGUCUCUAAAACACGUUGCCUAGAAAAACACGGAGAACUACAAGAACUGAGUAAAAGAGGGGUCUCUCUUCAGUAUACGAAACAAAUGUUCCCCUGUAUACAUGUUCUUUUUAAUGACCUUCUCAUUCUCACACUAGGAAAAGGUUAGAAGCGCUUUAUGGUGAUCGAUUAUGCUCAUAGGUCUCUGGUUCAAGUACAGUCCACAGUAAACAGUCUUGGUCCACACAUGGAUCAUUGUUUCUGUUUGACCCUCCUGGAAAACCAUCGGGGUAGCACCUGUGAACACUUGCUCAAGGCUAAUACAGAGUCAGACAUGCAUAGGUGGAUUGCUGCUUUCCCAUCAAUUAAUGAAACCUGGGAGGAGAAGAUUUAUGAAGAUUGGGAUUGUCCUCAAGUACUUGUCAAUCGGUAUGUAGCUAAACAGGCAGAUGAGCUUAGCUUGGAGGUAUCUGAGGUCAUCAAUGUGCUGCGCAAAACCAAUGAAGGUUGGUAUGAAGGCAUACGUCUCUUUGAUGGAAAGAAGGGCUGGGUUUCCAGCAGAGAACACACUAGAAAUACCACUGAUCACCAAAGACGACGGACGUGAGAGAGAAGUACCAAAUCGCACAGUCAACCAG